AGUAUUCGUUUCAUUCCCCGUUAAUAUUUAUAACCCUGUCCAUUUCUGCAUUCUGCAAUGUCAAAUACAAAAGACACCGGUGCAAAUGAAGGGAAAAGUCAAGAACAAUUAAAAAAGGAAAAAUUAAAACCAACAGAAGAAGAAGAUUAUGGAUAUUAUUUUUAUCCAGACCGUGACACACGGUCCAAAGUAGACGAGAAUAAAUCUUUCUUGUCUAAAAAAUGGGAGAAGUUUAUGAGAUCAGGAUAUAGCGGAGACAGUGGUGACCAGCUCAAAUGUGAAAGCAAUGUUAUUUGGUGUAAAGAAAAUGAUUCUCAAGUAAAGCUUAUGUUAGCUGCUUUGAAGAGUAAAGGAUGUGAAAUAAAUUUAGGUCGACAUAUCUCUUGUGAACCAUGUAGAGAAAGGUGUAAUGGAGGAUAUGAUCCUAAUUCUAAUCAGAUUGUUGUCUGCCAAAACAAUACAAGGAAGAAAGAUGUUUGCUGUUCAGUAUUAGCUCAUGAACUUACACAUGCUUAUGAUAAUUGUCGUGCCAAGGUGGAUUUUACAGAUAUAGAACAAGUAGCAUGUACAGAGAUAAGAGCAUCAAACUUCACACAUUGUUCACUUGCAACAUCUAUGAUGAAUGGUGAAGCUUCUCCUUGGAAUUAUAAAGAAGCACAUCAGUUAUGUGUGAAGAACAAAGCAUUACAUUCAGUUCUGUUAGUAAGAAAUGUGACAAUGGAUGAAGCUGCUACUGUUGUGGACAAAGUUUUUGAUAAAUGCUAUGCAGACUUAGAACCUGUGGGUCGUAUACCAAGGAAAUAUACUAGGGAUGCUUAUUUAUCUUUUAUAGAAGGAAGAACACAUGGAUAUUUUGAUAAGGAUUCAUGAUAUUUAUUUCAUUGUUUUAUUAUUUUAUUAAAAUAGAUUUCACAGAA